AUGAAGAUUGUUAAAAACCACGUCGUACCUGUCUACGCGAUUCUCCUUUUUGUUGUGAUUGAUUUGGUGCAACCAACUUUGAUUCCGUUUUCCUCGUUUUCCGAAGACGCUGGUGACAUCAGAUUUCGGAGGUUUUAUAGGAACUCACGACGAGUUUCUAGAGCAGCGACCGCAAAAAAGGAGAGAAUAUGGCCGGAAGGAAUUAUUCCGUUUGUGAUAGCCUCCAAUUUCUCAGGAGAACACCAACACCUAUUUCUCCGCGCAAUGAGGCACUGGGAGAACUACACGUGUGUAUCUUUUGUUCCUCGACAAGCACACCACAAACAUUAUAUCACUUUUACUGUGGAUAAAUGCGGAUGUUGCUCCUAUGUUGGCCGUCGUGGCGAAGGGCCGCAAGCAAUUUCAAUAGGCAAAAACUGCGACAAAUUCGGAAUUGUUGUUCACGAACUCGGGCAUGUUGUUGGCUUCUGGCACGAACACACACGUCCCGAUCGGGAUAUGUAUGUGGAUAUAUUUUACAAAAGUAUACAGACAGGACAAGAUUACAAUUUUGAAAAAUCCAAGCCUGACGAAGUGGACUCUCUCGACGAGCCAUACGAUUUUUCAUCUAUCAUGCACUAUGCAAGAGAUACAUUUUCAAGAGGAGCAUUUUAUGAUACAAUUCUGCCAAAACCAAAUUCAGGUUCGUCCCUUUGUUUCUCUAUUCUGCCAAACCUAGCCGAUCCCGUCACUUUUAUUUUCCGAGCAACCGCCCAAGAAAAAUUCCCAUUCCCCUAUUUUCCCGAGGAUUCUCAUCCUUUUGCUCAUCAAUCUUACCGGAAGAACCUCUUCUUCUUUCCAGGAUUUCGAUUGGAAAUCGGGCAGCGUGUGCAGCUGAGUGACGGGGACAUUCGUCAAACGAAAAAGCUCUAUAAGUGCUCAGAAUGCGGAGGUACUUUGAUGCAGGAGUCCGGUAAUUUAGCAGUUCAACAGCCAGGGAUGUGUUCCAGUUGUUUUUUUUUCGUUUGCGUUGAAUGGAUUUCUUUCAGAUCUCUAUCACAUUUUCUGAUGAUUUUUUGUCAUUUUGUUGUAGGAGAUAGUAUUUUAAUUCAGGAUCCACCCUAUUACCACCUACGACAACCUGUACAAACGAGGUGGACAAUGUUAUUAGCGUCCGAGACGGAGUAUCGAUUUCUUCGCCUUUGUUGGCGUUUUCUAACUUUUUCAAAUUUAGAUCGAGUGUGCGGAGGAAGCAAACUAUUCCGGACUAUUGCCUCUUCUGGAAAUCGGAUAACAAUCCAAGUACAGUCGACUCAUCCAACUCCAUCGCUCCCGUUCGCCACCUAUUAUGCUAUUUGUGGAGGGCCAAUCUAUGCGAAUAAAGGAGUUAUACAUAGCCCGAAAUACCCGGAAUCGUACCCACCAAAUAGUGACUGCCAGUGGACGAUACAUGUGGAUGAGAAUAGUCAAGUGGCAAUUGAAUUCGUAUAUUUUCAUCUUGAGCAGCACAAGGAGUGUAUUUAUGACCGAUUGAUUCUGACAGAAGGAUCAUCGAAAGUUCUGAAAAAGAACGGAAAAGAGACUAGUGAGACUUUUUGUGGACAAAUCGAGAAAAAGACAAUUGUCAGCAAGACGAACCAACUUUCUUUACGUUUCUUCUCGGACAAUUCCGUUCAAAAAAGCGGAUUCGAAUUACGAUUUUCCAAAGAGCUGAACGAAUGCGCAACGGACAAGAACAUCUGCCAUCAUUAUUGCGUGAACACUGUCGGUGGAUUCAAAUGUGCAUGUCGGGUCGGGUACAGCUUAUCUGCAAAUGGAUUCUCGUGUGAUAGCACCUGUGGAGGUUAUCUCAAAGCUUCAAACGGAUCAAUAUCCUCUCCAAAUUUUCCGGAGAUGUAUCCCAACUCAAAAACAUGCGUCUGGGAAAUCGAAGCACCAGAAGGCUACCACAUCUUCAUUAAUUUUACCAAAUUUACAGUAGAGGGAAUGAAGACAGAAUGUGCCUACGAUUACGUCACGAUUGGUGACAGUGAGAAAUUGUGUGGGGAGUACGACAAGCCAUUACUCUUCACAACACCAAAAAACCGAGUACGAAUCGAGUUCAGCUCCGAUUCAUCUGUUGAGAGAGAUGGAUUCUUUGCCAAUUUUAUAGCUGAUUUUGAUGAAUGCCAAAACAACAAUGCCGGAUGCGAGCAUGUAUGCCAAAAUCGGCUGGGAUCCUAUGUAUGUACUUGCAAUCCAGGAUUCAUAUUGUCUGAGGACAGGCAUAAUUGUAAAGAAGGAAGUUGCUUUUUCGAGGUUAAUGCUCCAUCAGGUGAAAUCAACUCUCCAAACUAUCCAAACGACUAUCCGAAAGGACAGAAUUGCUCCUGGCAUUUUGUCACAACUCCAGGACAUCGGCUUAUGCUGACAUUCUCCAUUUUCCAAGUUGAAGAGCACGCUCAAUGCAAGUAUGACGCUGUUUCAGUGUUCGACGGAGGCGAUGACUCCGCCCAGUUGGCUGGCGUUUUCUGCGGUUUGACUCCGCCUCCUCUUCUUUUGUCGUCUUCCAACGAGCUCUAUCUCACGUUCUCUUCCGACGCAUCAGUAUCUCGACGAGGCUUUCAGGCUCAAUACACUUCUGUGUGUGGGGGUCGUCUGACUGCUGAAUCAACGCCAGGACACAUCUACUCGCACGCGACGUUCAGUGAUAGCAAGUAUGGAAAGAAUCAGGAUUGCACAUGGAGUGUGAGAGCCAAAUCACCUGGGAGAGGAGUUCGCAUUCAGUUUUCAACAUUCAACGUGGAAUCUGAAGAAGGUUGUCAGUACGAUUACAUCGAGAUUUACGACGGAUCUGAAGCAACUGUAGAAGCUCUGGUAGGUCGGUUUUGUGGUGACAUUAUUCCAGAAGUCAUUAGUAGCACAGGUCCUGAGCUUCUCUUGAUUAUGCACACCGAUAACGCGGAAGAAGAAAAAGGAUUCGUAGCGGAGUAUCGAGAAACCACAAGAUCCAGUUCGACAAAAAGGACUUACGUGUCAAGAACACGACACAAUCCUCUAGAAGAGCCAAUACACGAUCGCCGGCGAGAAUGA